AGCCAUUUGUCCUUCCUCGGCCACCGUAGGCAACGUCAGAAGUAAAUAAGUCAUCAGCAGCUAGCUCCUUGUUAACAAAAUGUCUUUUACUCUGUACUCGCUCCUUCAGGCCGCAAUUUUGUGCGUCAAUGCUGUGGCUGUUUUACACGAAGAAAGAUUUUUAAGCAAAAUUGGAUGGGGAGUGGACCAAAGUGUUGGAGGUUUUGGUGAUGAACCAGGCAUCAAAGUGCAGCUAAUGAAUCUUAUCCGGUCUGUGAGGACUGUCAUGAGAGUGCCACUGAUAGCAGUGAAUUCGGUCUGCAUUGUGCUGCUGCUUCUAUUUGGAUGACGAGGCCAAAGAUGACAUUAACGGUUCGACUGUCAGGAGCAUGUACCAUCACCUCAGGAACCCCUCUGAAAAAACUGAUCUCUUUGACAACAAACACUUGUACUUACAGCUAGAUGCUGGACGAAUGAUUUCGCUGAAUAAUCCACGGUUCCAUGUCCUAUUUGUUUAAUACAACACAGACUCAAAAAAACAAUACAGCCAAUGACAACUGUCAUUUUCCCUCAUUGUUUGACCAGUAAAGGUUGAGUUGUCAAAUUUUAUUUGCCUUUAAUAAAAUAUUACUACAAA